UGGGAUCUCUUUCUUACCUCUCUCUUAGAAAUCCACUGCCAGAGCCCAGCUAUGGUUUUGUCACUGUUCAUUGACACAAGUAAUUAAAUGUAAACAAGUAAUUAAAUGUAAAACCCCUACAAAUGUAAAAGCCCUAAAUGUAAAAUGUUUAGCCCUACAAAUAGGGCUAAAGUCCCCUUUGACGGUCACCCCCAGUCCUGGUUCCCUCUUGCCCCACCCGGCGAGAGCCAGUUUCGUCAUGCAUGUCUUUGCAGACUUCUUAUGCUUCACAGUCAUGUGUGCGUGAUCACGGACAACACAGUACUGUACUGCGUGUGUGUGUGUGCGUGUUGUUUGCUUUUGGUUUUGUUUUACUAAAAGGCAUCAUGCUGUAAGGCUCAUGCUAUAAGCUACUUUUAUUUACUCAGCGUCUGUCCUGAAAGCUUCGAGAUUUCUCAUUCUUUUAACUGUGCAAUAGACUCCUGGCUCUGGCCUGUGCACCCUGCUUAUUCAGGCAUCCUCUGCUGCAUGGACAUUUACAUUGUUUCCCGUUUCUCGCUGUCAUGAGGAGGCUCACGAAGGAGGAGAAUUUCUGGGGGGUGGGUUAGGUCUGUGUUGUGCAUUUAACUGACCCUGGCUGGUUACUCUCCAGAAUGCUGAUGCCAGCUCCCUCCCUCCAGUGGGCCCUGAGUUCAUGUUUCUGUAGAUCACCCCCCUGCCCUUGAUGUUACCAACUUUAAAACUUUGCAACCUGAGGGCUGAAAGUUAGUUUUUCAUUGUUCAGUUGUUUUUCUGAUUUUUGGGAGACUGGACAUUUUCCUGUGUUUGCUGACCGUCUGCAUCUCCUCUCCUGCUCUGUGCACCAUCACCCUGCUCCAGCUGCUUCCUGCAGCCUCCCUCCUUCCUCUCCACCUCUCCAUGUCCUCCUCGUCCUUCAGUUUCUUCCUAAGGGCCCAUGGGCUUUCUUUGGCUUUUACGUUCCUCUCACUCCGCCUUUGGCUGUUGCUGGGCCUCCCAUCCCCUGGGAGGUUUCAGAGGAUGGGGAAGACACAGGAGGGCAGUCGCCAUGCAGUGCAAUACGGGCUGUAAUGUUCCUCCUCCACGGCCUUUAUUGAGGACUUACUGUGUGCCAAGAACCUGCUCUAAGAAUGUAACUGUGCUCCCUCCCUCAUUUCAUGCUCAUAACCGCCUGUGAGACGGGCAAUGUUCUCAUCUUUUUUUUUUUUUUUUUUUUGAGAUGGCAUCUCUGUUGCCCAGGCUGGAGUGCAAUGGCACGAUCUCGGCUCACUACAACCUCUGACUCCCAGGUUCAUUCUCCUGCCACAGCCUCCCAAAUAGAUGGGACUACAGGCACGCGCCACCACGCCCGGCUAAUUUUUUGUAUUUUUUUUUAGUAGAGAUGGGAUUUCACCGUGUUGCCCAGGAUGGUCUCGAACUCCUGAGCUCAGACAAUCCACUUGCCUCGGCCUCCCAAAGUGCUAGGAUUACAGGCGUGAGCCACCAUGCCCGACCUCAUCCUUGUUUUACACAGAGAACAUGGAGGCACAGAAGAGUUCCAUAAAUUGCCACCAAGGCCUUCUGCUAGUAUGCAGCAGAGUCAAGAUUCAAACGCAGGCUGUCCGGCCCUGGGGUUCAGCCUCUCCAGUGCUCUGCUAGGUGUUGGAGAGGGUCAAGGAGAUACAGAGAAUGAGCACCACCUGACAGGCUGGGACAGUCAGGGAUGGCUUCCUGGAGGAGGUGACACCUCAAUGGAGCCUUGAAGGAAGAGCAGGAGGAGCCAACCAGGCAAUGAAUAGAAUAAGUAUACCCAGGAAGAGGGAAAGGCCUGAGUGAUGCUGGGAGGCUGGAGAGCUGGCCUGGCUUGGGGUGUGUGCCGGGGGGCAGGAGAUGAGGACCAAGGGAUGGCCAAGGCCAGAUCUAGAAGAGCCUGGGCCAUCCCAUAGUCAAUACCUCAUCGCAAGGCCCGGCAGGCCUUCAACUGCUCUGUGUGUACCCCAUGGGACGCCAGGAGCCUGGGCCGCAGCCACCCACCUGGGCUCCUGAGACCCAAUGCACAGGCAUGGGGGCGGGAGUGGGUGUGGCUGAUUUACAUCCAACAGGUUGAGGGGAAAACCCAGGAAGUGCAGCCCAAGCACUAAUCAAAUCUAAGACUAGUAAUAAGCAUCCUGAGUAAUGAGUGGCCUGGGCCGGAGCAGGCGAGGUGGCCGGAGCCGUGUGGACCAGGAGGAGCGGUUUCCACAGGGCCUGUGGACAGGGGUGGCUAUGAGAUCCUGCCCCGAAGAGCAGUACUGGGAUCCUCUGCUGGGUACCUGCAUGUCCUGCAAAACCAUUUGCAACCAUCAGAGCCAGCGCACCUGUGCAGCCUUCUGCAGGUCACUCAGCUGCCGCAAGGAGCAAGGCAAGUUCUAUGACCAUCUCCUGAGGGACUGCAUCAGCUGUGCCUCCAUCUGUGGACAGCACCCUAAGCAAUGUGCAUACUUCUGUGAGAACAAGCUCAGGAGCCCAGUGAACCUUCCACCAGAGCUCAGGAGACAGCGGAGUGGAGAAGUUGAAAACAAUUCAGACAACUCGGGAAGGUACCAAGGAUUGGAGCACAGAGGCUCAGAACCAAGUCCAGCUCUCCCGGGGCUGAAGCUGAGUGCAGAUCAGGUGGCCCUGGUCUACAGCACGCUGGGGCUCUGCCUGUGUGCCGUCCUCUGCUGCUUCCUGGUGGCGGUGGCCUGCUUCCUCAAGAAGAGGGGGGAUCCCUGCUCCUGCCAGCCCCGCUCAAGGCCCCGUCAAAGUCCGGCCAAGUCUUCCCAGGAUCACGCGAUGGAAGCCGGCAGCCCUGUGAGCACAUCCCCCGAGCCAGUGGAGACCUGCAGCUUCUGCUUCCCUGAGUGCAGGGCGCCCACGCAGGAGAGCGCAGUCACGCCUGGGACCCCCGACCCCACUUGUGCUGGAAGGUGGGGGUGCCACACCAGGACCACAGUCCUGCAGCCUUGCCCACACAUCCCAGACAGUGGCCUUGGCAUUGUGUGUGUGCCUGCCCAGGAGGGGGGCCCAGGUGCAUAAAUGGGGGUCAGGGAGGGAAAGGAGGAGGGAGAGAGAUGGAGAGGAGGGGAGAGAGAAAGAGAGGUGGGGAGAGGGGAGAGAGAUGGGGAGAGAGAUAUGAGGAGAGAGAGACAGAGGAGGCAGAGAGGGAGAGAAACAGAGGAGACAGAGAGGGAGAGAGAGACAGAGGGAGAGAGAGACAGAGAGGAAGAGAGGCAGAGAGGGAAAGAGGCAGAGAAGGAAAGAGACAGAGAGGCAGAGAAGGAGAGAGGCAGAGAGGGAGAGAGGCAGAGAGGGAGAGCGGCAGAGAGACAGAGAGGGAGAGAGGGACAGAGAGAGAUAGAGCAGGAGGUCGGGGCACUCUGAGUCCCAGUUCCCAGUGCAGCUGUAGGUCGUCAUCACCUAACCACACGUGCAAUAAAAGUCCUCGUGCCUGCUGCUCACAGCCCCCGAGAGCCCCUCUUCCUGGAGAAUAAAACCUUUGGCAGCUGCCCUUCCUCACUG